AUGUCAAGAUUGUUCCCUGAUAAUUUCUUUGAAUCCACAAGGAAAUCAUCAAACGUGCAAUUAGAGGCUCUAAGAAAUGCAUCUUCAUCGUCACAUUCUUCCAAAUCGAUCAUUUCUUCACACCACAUUCCGAUUCCAAAACAAACAGAAGCUUCCAUAAUUCCAUUCAAUAUUCAUGGUCAAGGAUGUGUGAUUCUUGAUACGGGAACAGAAAGUAUCAAGACAGGUGUAGCAGGUAGUGAUUUACCACAAUUUAUUGUUCCAACAAUUAUUGCAAAACAUGCAAAAUAUUCACAACAUAAUUUAUAUGGAUAUGAUGCUUUCAAAUCACAAAAUGAAAUUUCACACAAUCAUCACAGCAGUAGUACUAGUACUACUGGAAAUCAUCAUAGACCAUAUUCACAACAAUCAUCACGUCAUGAUUUUUCACUAUGUACGCCAAUGGGCUAUCAAAUUCAAGCUCCCACAACAGGCUCUUCCAAUUACACAUAUUUAAAUCCAGUCGAGAAGGGAGUGGUCAUUUCACUCGAAGAAAUGGAAAAUAUGUAUUCAUAUAUUUUCAAAAAUUUACUCAGAAUUAAGAGUCAAGAAAAUGGAGUUUUAUUGAAUGAGAAUAUUUCCUUGUAUCAUUUAUUGGAAUCGAGCCGAGAAGUUGAGAAAUAUCGAGAGAGAAUGACUGAAUUGUUUUUUGAAAAAUUUCAAAUUCCAUUUCUAUAUGUGGGAAUACCUCAAGUCAUGAGUUUAUAUUCCGUUGGAAAAACAAGUGGAUUUUGUGUGGAUUUUGGUCACGCAACGACAAGUGGAUUGGCCGUUGUGGAUGGUGUUGCAAAGUUUGUGCAUGAGGAAUCUCAACAUCCAACACACUUUUAUUUACCAUUUGGAGGUGGAGAAGUUACAGAGCAUUUCAUCAAACUCUUACAAGAAAAUUCACAAAAUCAAGGAAUCAAAAUUAGUACAAGUGCUGAGCGAGCUUGUAUUGACGAUUUAAAGAAACUUCAAUGUUAUAUUGCUACAGAUUAUCCAAAAGAGAUUACAAAAUUUGACAAGAACGAAAUAGACACCAACACUACCUUUCAGUUACCCGAUGGGAAAAUUCUCAACGUUGGUCGAGAGAAGUUUGUUUCAUGUGAAAUUUAUUUUCAACCUACAAUGGUCGCUUUGGCGAAUUUGAAUCAUUCACCUGUUAAACGAGGACGUUCUGCUUCGAUUAAGAGACUUGCCCUUAAUGCAACAUCAUCAUCCAACAACUCUUUAUUAAGCAAUUUGAAAGGCGUUCAUGAGUUGAUACACGACUCCAUUUCACAAUUCCAAUCAGACACAAAUAUUCAAGAACAAUUAAUUGGAAAUAUUGUACUGAGUGGAAGUUCAAGUUUAUUCAAUGGAAUGGAAGGAAGAAUGUUGAGAGAUUUGAAACGACAACUCGCUCUUCACAAGAAAAUUCAAUUAUCUCAAACCAAAGUCAAAGUUUCAUCAUGCUCCCAUUUAUUCCUGCACGAAGAUUCUAACACGAGAGCAAGCAAACUAUUGACUUCAACGAGAGAUUAUCAACGAGGAGAAUAUAGCUCGUUUAUUGGGGCCUCCAUUUUGGCCUCGUUCCAAGACUUUCUUCAUUUUGAUGCGGCAGCAGAGAGUAGUGCUUCUUUUGCUUCGAGUUUUGCCAUGACAAAACAAAUCUAUCAGGGAGAAGGAGCGUCAACUAUUCACAAAUUCUACAAUGUUUGUUAA